GUGCGAGGAAACAGUACGAUGGCGCUUUCGCAAAUCCGGCAAACAACGUCCCCGCGGGGGUGAACUGCUGCGCGGUUGCUGGAGGCCCAUCAGAAGGCGGCGUCGCCGGCCCCGGGGUGGCGGUGGCCCCGCCGGCCCCGCCCGGCGCUCCGCCCCGGGACUCAGCACAGCUGGCCGCCCAGAGCAGCCCGGGCUGCGCGGCCGGCGGGAGCGGGCCAGGAAGGGGCUGCCCGGAGCGGCGGACAUGCCUCUGGCUAAAGACCUGCUGCACCCCUCCUUGGAGAAUGAGAGGAGAAAGCACAAAAAGAAACGCCUUGUGCAGAGCCCAAACUCCUACUUUAUGGAUGUAAAAUGUCCAGGAUGCUACAAGAUCACCACAGUUUUCAGCCACGCUCAGACAGUAGUUCUGUGUGUGGGAUGCUCAACUGUCCUGUGUCAGCCGACCGGGGGCAAAGCCAGGCUCACAGAAGGCUGUUCAUUUAGAAGAAAGCAACACUGAACACUUCAGGAUGUGGUUUUGCAUCUGUGUUCCUGAAAGCCUUACCAGUUUAAAAAUGCCCAUUAAUACAACAAUGUAAUUACAAUUGAUUUUGUAACAAUUACACGCUACGGGUGACUAAUGAGCUGGAAUAUCUUUUUCAAUAAAUAAUUUGAAGUGCAAGUUUUUCCUGCAAGUUUGCAGGCCACUGAGCUCUCUUUUUAUAAUUUUCCUGUUAAACAGUGUAUUGUUAAUUGGGUGGUGUCAUUUAAUAUGAAAACCUUGGGCUUGCUGCAUCCCUUCCCUCAUUAAUUAGCAACUACAGCAGUGUAAUGCAUAUGGUGACAGAAACUGCUGUAAGAAUGCACUUUGUAUACUUCAUUAGUGCAGCUACCCUCACUGCAAGGGUUGCAAAGGCUCCAUGUAUUUAAAAUAGCUCAUUUGCUUUCAAGGUUGUAUUGAGUAAGGUGGUGAUAAAUAAAAAUACAAAGUUACUCACUUA